AUGCCUUUUAACUGUAUCUCAGUCAUCUCACACGACUCAGAAUUCUAGAUAAUCAGAAAUUCUCGAGGAGCUAUCACCGGGCAGCCAGAAUGACGAGUUCUCCUAUCACUAUAAAUCCGAGUCCUCAGGCGGCAGAGGCCGAGAUCCACCGUCUCAUAUGGCGGCUAGACCCCAAAGGCACCCACGAAUAUAUCUCCUCCUUAGAUGCUUCACUGAAAGCAUGCCCAGUCGUUGCCAUUGCUGCCGCAAUAGCGUACUUGGAAGACCAGGAUUACCGGCUGGCCGACAAGGCAAUCAAGGCGACCCGUUUCCAUGACGCUAUGAAGGAAGGAAGGUGGUUGUUUCAUGAACAAACCGUGAGCUUAGCACUGCUAUCAGGUAUCAUCAACAUACACCGAACUUUCGAGUUCGCGGGCCUGAUUCAGCUACUCACGGAUGUGGAGAGCAUUUAUAUGAACCCAGAUCACAGCCAACAAGAGGGUCCUACGAAUCACGACGUCGAUACCGCCCGCGUCCAUUCCGAAUCGGAGUUCCUCAAUCAACCUGACUCGCCGUCUGCAGAAGGCCAGCCGAGUCAAACUACCAUUGGCGAUGCUCGGCUUUGGCUGGAAUACAUUGUCAUGGAUGCUCGUUCAUUUUUCACCUUCACCCCCGACAUGACCAAGCACCUUGGGAGUGUUCCCGCGGCCAUCGUCUUUUAUAGCGACUACCUCCAUAGCCUUCCCGCCGACUGCGUGACACACAAAGCCAGCGCUCUCAUCAACAUAGCGGGGUGGCAGGCCACCGAAAACUCCGAGUUGGGGGCUCUGUCUCUGGAUGAAUCACUGGCCUUGUUUUCAGAGGAUCAGAAUCAGACCGGUCAGAUGAUAUGCGAGUUCCACCAGAUACGUCUCUUCCAGCUCAAAAGGCACGGCCCGGCUGAUUGCCUGGCGCAGACGCUGUCUCUGGCCGACAGGUUCCUCCAGAAAGGGAAUCAUCACUUUUACUACCUCGCGACAAACCACGCCCUUCGUAUUGUUGUGAAUGACACGAGCCUUUUGGCCCAGUUCUCUCCGUUGAAAGAGAAACUGUGCGAUCAGCUGAGAGAGGUCCACGACGAGUUCAACGUCAUGCGCCUCGAUAUCUUGGAGGCGUACGACUCGAGCAAACACCAAGUGUCUACCGAUCAGGCGCGCCUUUGGUUCGAGCAACUGCUCAAAGACCACUCCGAGCGACUUACCCCGUUGCAACUCUCUGACGUUUACCAUGGGCUGUAUAACUCCUACUCGGCGCUGACGGAGCCCGAGGAAGCCAGCAAGUACGCUCAGAAGAACUUCGACCUCGUUGCGAAGAUCGAGAAUUUUACCCUCCGAGAGCGCUCCAGAGCUCGACACACCUUUGCAACCUCACGAGUGGCCAUUCUGAGGAGAUACAAACCCCAUCAGAGCUCGCGAUUGGACGACGAGGAGGACUGGGACCGUUACUCCGCGUAUCAGAAAAUGUACAAGGACAUAGCCUUGGAGGAAGCUGCUGGUCUCGAACCCUGGAUCCAAAUCGACACCAAGAAUCAUUUCGAGGAUUUGCUUCGAGAGAAGAGAGCGACCCUGAGCGACGUCUUCGACUUCCUGAGGCAGAACUUCCCGGAUGUCAUGGAAGACGACUCACUCGUCCGUUCUUCCCGCCAGCUGGCGGAGAUGAUCGCCUCUUCCGACCAGAGCGUCAAGAUUGACGUAGGGGAUCUGCUGCGGCUCGCGAAGGAGGGCCGAGGACGGGAUGGCAUUCGACUGGCCAACGACGCACUCGAGCGAGUCUUGAACGAUCCGGCUGCAUGCAUUAAGCAGCGGAGCGACGCGUACUACGUGUGCGCUCUCUCAUAUGACAUUGCCGCGUUCCUCGAUAAGACGACAUCUCUGUCCGCACAGGAAGUGGACGACAACCUCGCGCUCCAGAUUCGAUACCUACGCAAACAGCGUGAUCUCUGCCAAGCAGUUGGCGACCACCAUAGCCUCCUGCGGUCUGUACACCCCUUCCAGAGAUUCAUGCAGCUGUACAUCAUCCGCCAUCCAGAGCUGGAGCCGGAACUCAGCGCCGAGACCGAGCACUACUUCCAGGGCGCGGAACGUGCCGCCGAGAUGUACCGCAGAAGCGUGCUGGGAUCUCACGCCAUCGCCACGCUUCUGCGGAUGCAGAAAGUCGUCUCGGCUGGGCUCACGAGGAUGCUUUAUGCCGUCGCCACGUCCUUCUACAUCGACCGGAAAGACGCCCCGAUGGCGUGGACGUGGGCACAAAAGGGCCGCGCGCGCGCCCUGUUCAGCAUCCUCACAAGACAGCCUACCUCGUCCGACCUCCUAAUAUCGGCUCUCGGCAACGACGCCGAGACGUGCCAUCUCCUUGCCUCCGACAACUUGCUGUUGAAGGAGAUGCAACAAAGCACCGCAAUGGAGCAGCUGCGUGCGAGGACAGCACUCCAAAGCGCCUCGGGGCGACGGCGGCUUUUGGCGGUCCCUGCACUCGAGAAACUCCUCGGUGCGCCUGUCACAGCCGACACUUUCGGCUUUGCAGAGGCCGCGGCCGUCUACGAGCACGUCAAGAGCUGGCUUUUGCCCGACAAGAACGUGGUUCUUGUUCACUGGGUCGUCGAGCCCUCCGGCUGGAUCUGCUUGAUGGCGAUGGACUGCCGUGAGCGCAACCUCCAAGCGCGUGCGCGCCUGAAGCUGCGAUUUUCUCAAAUCCAAGCGUGGAUCGACCGCAAUCUAGUUUUCCCUCAAGGUGCCACGAAGCCCCUCGAGAGUGAGAAGCCUCUCAAGGAGCUGACAGUCCUCGUCGAGGCGCUCGCGUUCAUGUCGAAGCCCGAGGACCUGCUCGUCCUCUCGCCCCCGGCCGAACUUGCCGCCGUCCCCCUGCACGCCAUCCCGCUCGGUCUCGGUGAGCCGGUUCUGAUCCAGCGCAAUCCGGUCGUCUACGCGUCGAGCUUCUCACUAUAUCUUGAGUGCCUGCGCCGCGUCGAGCCCCGCAACAGCCUGCCGGACAAACCGCUGUCUGGCGCUGUCUUCGCGGCCGCGUACGAGGAGCCCGAUCGGAGAGAAGAGCGCGAGUUGAUCUUCGAGCAGAUGGAACAGCUGGGGAACGAGUUCCACGCACGGCAAAUCUUGGGACAUAAGCUCACGGCCACUAGUUUCAAAGAGGCGCUCGGGUCCUCGCCGUGGGUGCACUACCACGGCCACGCGUGCUACGACGCAUCCGAGGUGCUUAACCAGUGCUUCAUUCUCAGUGACGGGGAAGAGCUUCCUGUUUCUCUAAAAGCCCUUGCUCUCGACGAUUCGCUCCCCAGGUCGUUGGAGCAGGCUGAAGAGCCAGUGCAACCUCCACAGAGCAACCCAGAGCCGGGCCAUCGUGACCUGCUCUCGACGCUUCUAGACGGGUCGUCCAGGCUCAACGUCUCUGACAUAUUCGCCAUGAAUUUGAGGGAAAACAAACCCUUUGUGUGCUCCAUCGCGUGCGACUCGGGCGUGCAGGACGUGAAUGCCGGAGACGAACCACUGGGACUCGUCACGGCGCUGUUUUGUGCGGGAGCCUCGUCGGUUCUGGGCACGCUGUGGCCGAUGGAGAGCAGCAUAGGGAGAAUGUUCACGGCCCUGUUCUACGAGUCUCUGGUGAAGCAGAUAGAUGAGGUUCGUCGAGACGAUGCACACUUUGUGGGCGUAUUGAAUGUGGCGAGAGCGACACGGGAGGCCAUUCUAGCAAUCAAGAAGGACGAGGAGGAGCCCAUCUCGUGGGCUGGAUUUGUCCUCCACGGUGCCGGAUUUUACAGCGUGGGCCAGCGUUAG